UACAAUACUUAAGUCCUGGCAAGUCAUAGGUGGAGAAAAUGUCUCUCCCACGAUUCCAUAAAGUAAGCUUUGGGACAUAUGAUAAUUACAUUCCAGUGAGUGAAUUAAGCAAAAAAUCAUGGAAUCAGCAACACUUUGCCCUGUCAUUUCCAAAACCACAACGGCCAGGAACGAAAAGAAGAUCGAAACCUUCUCAAAUAAGGGACAACACAGUUCCUAUAAUUGAUGAAGAACAAUUAAGAGGAGGUCAUAGACCACCAUUAUGGAUGCACCGUUCUUUAAUGAGAAUUUCCGAGAGACCAUCUGUUUAUUUAGCUGCCAGGAGGCAGCCUCUCAAACCAACUCGCACUUUCAAGGCGGAUUCUAAAGCAGCAGAUAUUGGUAAAAAAGAUGAAGACAAGACAAAAGAGAAGGAAUCAGAAUUAAAACAAGGGAAAAAAGAUUUAAAGAAAGGCAAGGAGGUAGAUAAAGGAAAAGAUGAAAACCUAGAUGCAAAGAAAGAUAGCAAAAAAGGCGAAAAAGAUGCAAAGAAGGGAAAAGCCUCGGCUACAGAAUCUGAAGAUGAAAAAGGAGGUGCAAAAAAAGAUAGCAAAAAAGGUAAAGAGGAUGUAAACAAGGGCAAAGGCUCAGCCACAGAAUCUGAAGAUGAAAAAGGAGGUACAAAGAAAGAUGCCGAAAAAGACAAAAAAGAUUCAAAGAAGGGCAAGGAUUCAACCAUGGAAUCAGAAUCUGUAAAAGCAGAUGAAAAGAAGGGUGAGGAUGGGAAAAAAGAUGCAAAGAAAGGUGAUGAACUGAAGGAUGCCAAGAAAGAUGCAAAGGAGAAUAAAAAGGAUAAGAAAGAUAAGAAGAGGCCCAGUAGUACAGACAGUGACUCAAAGGAUGAUGCUAAGAAAGAGUCUAAGAAGGAUGCCAAGAAAGAUGCAAAAAAAGAUUCUGACAAAGAAUCCUCUGAUUCAAAGAAGGAUGCAAAGAAAGGUACAAAGGAUGCAAAGAAGGAUGCAAAGAAGAAGGGCAAGUGGCCCUUUAAUAAGAAUUCGAACUGAAAGAAUAAUUCAAAAGCAUAUUUGAUGAACAAUAGCGGUAGUCUGCAACAGAAUUUGUGAGUAAAAAAGAGGUUUCAAAUAAUUAAAUUAUGUUUAAAAGGGGGCAAAGAAGGAUACAAAGGAGAACUCAGAAGAAAUUUAUAAAAAUAUAAGAAAAAUGUUAAAAAAAAUUAAGGGGGAUCCAUUGAAAGACUUGAAGAAUGCAUAUGCUUAAAUUUGGGGAUAGAAAGGAAUCAAUGAAUGAUCUCUAGAAAGAUUCAAAGAGAAUAUUCAAAUAAGAAUGUAGAAGAUAAGGACAGUAAAUCCAUGGACACACACACACACACACACACACACACAUACACAUUUAAUAAAGGCUUAAAAAACCCAAGGAGGGAAAUGUCAUAUCUAUAGAUUUAAAAUAAUCUCAAACUGCAUCCAUAAAUUUAAAGAAAGAAAUAUAGGAGCCAUGAAUUGAAGUUAAACACCUUUAAGAAAGUCUACUUUCAAGUAAACAUAGCAUCCCUCUGGGGGGAAAAAGAAAAGAAGUAAAAGAAAAAAUCACUUCCUCAUGAGCCAAUAUCUUUCUUUCUGAAGUUUACACAACCACAACCAUGCUUACAGUUGUUGGAUGUCCCACUUCCAAGCCAAAAGAAGCACUCCAGAAUUUUAUCAAGUUUGGACUCUCAUUUUAAGAAAUAUUUGAAGAACAUGGAGAGACAAGCAAGUAAAUUAAGCUUUAGAAAGUGCACUUGAAAAGGAAGGGUCUCCUAUUGUGUAUGUUCUCAAGAACUAGCUUCUGAGGAACAAGAAUGUUGCAAGAAAAGAAGAUACUAAACAGUACAGAGAUGAUUAAGACCAUGAGCUUGGGAAACCAAAGGAAGAAUGAUACACAGAGAAAGCAAAUAUAUGAAGGAACAUACUGGAAGCACAACAGAACCUUGGCUAUGAAGACUCUUCAAGGUUUUGUUAUUCAAGGUCUAUGGAUUAUCAUGAAGAUGGACAGGACAUUACAUCACACUGGAAAAGUGAAACAUCCCACUCAGCUGGUGAUCUUCCUGUCAUGAAAGCAGCUUGACAGCUCCAAUUUUCAAUUGAACGCAUUAAACACCUGGUGAAAUUAUCAAUUAAAAACAUCUACUCACCAUAGUUAUGUGUGUCUAA